CUUGGGAGCUCAGUUCAAGCGAGCGUGGAGGAGUUGUGGAGUUUGAGCUUUGGGUUUGCGGGCUGUCUGGACUCGUCAUGGCUGCGGCUGUUCGAACAGUUCGAGCGCACAGCAGGUUUAUCUCAGUGACACGGCGCUGCACCCACAGCACUGCUCUCAAACCUCAAUAUGACGCCGUUAUUAUCGGUGCAGGGCAUAAUGGUCUUAUUGCUUCAGCAUAUCUGCAGAAGGGUGGGCUGAAAACAGCAGUACUGGAACGGAGACAUGUGCUUGGAGGAGCAGCUGUAUCUGAACAGAUUGUUCCAGGGUUCCACUUUUCCAGGGCCUCCUAUCUGCUCAGCUUACUGCGUCCACACAUCUACCAGGAUCUGGAGCUCAAGAAACAUGGCCUGAAGGUGUACAUGAGGGACCCCUAUUCAUUUACCCCCAUAUUGGAGGAGGGUGUGGGAGGGGGGCCACCACGCUCUUUACUGCUUGGAUCUGACAUGGCAAAGAACCAGCAAGAGAUUGGCAAAUUCUCAGAGAAAGAUGCCAAGGUCUAUCCUGAUUUUCUGAACCAUUUGGAAAGACUGGCCUGUGCCAUCCACCCUCUUUUAGAUGCUCCACCUGUAGACAUCCCAGGAGUGACUCAGGGCUCUUUGAGAAAGAGAUUAUCUGCCCUAAAGAGCUUAAAACCUUUGGUGAAGUCUGGGAUGAAGUUGGGAAAGAAUAUACCAGACUUCUAUGAACUUAUUACGGCUCCAGUUAUGAAGGUGCUCAAUCGCUGGUUUGAAUCGGAGCCAUUGAGAGCCACGUUAGCCACUGACUCUGUGAUUGGGGCAAACACAAGCCCUAAUAACCCUGGAAGUGGAUAUGUCCUUCUGCAUCAUGUCAUGGGUGAGCUGGAGAAGGAGAAAGGAGCCUGGGGUUACGUGGAGGGUGGAAUGGGCGGUGUUUCUCAAUCAGUCGCCCGCUCUGCACGUUCUCUUGGAGCAGAUAUCUUUACAGAGAGAGAUGUUGGGCAAGUUCUUAUUGAUCAGGAUGGAUCUGUCAGGGGUAUUGUGCUGAAAGAUGGAACUGAAGUCCGUAGUAAAGUGGUUUUGUCCAAUGCCACUCCUUAUGUCACCUUCAAACAGCUCACCCCACAGGAUGCCCUGUCAGAGUCAUUCAUCAGAGCUGUAGAUCAGAUUGAUUACACUUCUCCUGUUACCAAGAUUAACGUGGCUGUUGACAGGCUGCCUAAUUUCUUGGCCGCUCCGAACAGUGCGGAUGGAAAACCAGGUCCACAUCAUCAAUGUUCAAUCCAUCUGAACUGUGAGAGUGUGGAGCUACUAGAAGAAGCCUAUAGGGAAGGCCAGCAGGGACGCCCAUCGUCCAGGCCUAUGUUGGAAAUGACUAUUCCCUCAGUGCUGGAUCCGACUCUAGCACCCCCAGGUUGCCAUGUGGUGUCUCUCUUCACUCAGUUUACCCCCUUUUUGCUGGAUGGAGGCCGAGCUUGGAAUAAUAAGGACAGGGAGAGUUUUGCAGACACAGUAUUCGACUGGGUAGAGCGAUACGCACCUGGAUUUAAAAAGUCUGUAGUGGGCAAAGAUAUCUUGACCCCUCCUGAUCUUGAGAAGAUCUUCGGUCUUACUGGAGGGAAUAUAUUUCAUGGCUCAAUGUCUUUGGAUCAGCUUUACCUGGUGAGACCUUUGCCCUCUGUUGCAGAUUAUCGUUCAUCAGUCAAAGGACUGUACUUAUGUGGCAGUGGCAGCCAUCCAGGUGGUGGUGUUAUGGGUGCAGCUGGCUGUAAUGCAGCUCUCACGGUCCUGGCAGAUUUAAAGCGACGGUGAUCUUGUCCACAUGUUUAUGGCCUUCAGCUGGGAAUGUUACUUUUCAGUGUGCAACUGGAAUAUUUUAAUGAAAAAAGAGAUUGAUUGAGAGAGUGAUUGUAUCACUUAGCCUUUGAAACACUCCCAAAAUGUUGUGCUGAAUUCCCUAUUUUUUUCACUGCCAUUACAAAGUGUUUGCAAAAUUUGGAAUGUAAAAACAUGAAAAAAGUAAUGUUGAUUGAAUCCAUCCUCUACUUGUUGUGUAACCUGCAACCACACUGAACAUUCUCACUAAACAAUCUGACAUUGUUUUGCUAUCAAAUAACUGAAUACAUUUUUGUUCUAUCGAAGUAGUUCUGUUAGGUUGUUGGUUAUUAAAUACUGUUGUGCUGAUUCCUCAGUUUUAAGACCUUUUAGAUAAAAGCAUCAUUAAAGCAUCAUACAGUUUUCAUUAAUUUUGAAUGUAGAGUUCAAAUGGAGUUCAUUAUUCUUAUUUAGAUUUUAUUUGUAGUAAACUGAAUUUUUGUAUACAUUUUCAACUUUGGAAAACAUUUACCAUCUACAAAUGAAUACAAUCUGGAUAAUUAGCCUACUGCAGUUACAUUUAGCCUAAAUUAUAAACCUGCAUUUGCAUAAUUGACAUUUUGUUUUUCUUUAAUAAAUGUUUAUUUAAGGAUUCAAUCAAAAUUGCAUAAAAUAAUAAUGAAUGACUUCUAGCAUGCAUAUAUUCUUCAAUGUAUAGCCGAUAUCAACUCUCAAUAAACUCAUGAUUAUACAGCAAAACAUAGAAUUCAUUCAAUACUAGACUUGGAUACAAAUCUAUAAAUGAUUGAUUUAUAAAAUAAUGUUAAAUUGGUCAGACUCUAUGCCUAGAGAGAUAAGCAGGCCAAUGUCUCCGCGCUAGGGCCCCUGCUGACGUUUAAGGGGCCGUUACACCGAAAGCGUAACUGCGUGGUAAGGUUGACAUAGAAAUGUCAAAAUGCAGGUGUCUCAAGAUGCGUUUUUAACAUUUAAAGUCGGUUUUUACCUUGACAUGUCGUAUAGCGGCACUCCUGUGCAAGUCGCUGAAAACAAAAAACGCACUGAACGCGUUUUGUGUCCACCCACUUGAGUCUCAAGUUUUUCAGACGCUGUGUUAACCAUCAUGUUGUCUAGAAACUGCACCCUCAUUUUGUACUUAGGGUUAUUUUAGUCCUGUUUUGAAAACCAUGCAAAAUGCACAAAUUAUUAAUUAGUGUAGGCACUUUUGUUGGUUUUGAUGGGAUUAAUAAAGUCGCAACGUUGCCAACCAAAAACUAGGAUACGACAUUUUAUAGCCUAUUCUUUACCUGUCCAGGGUCAGAAUGAACCAAGACAAUUCGAUGGUUAAAAAGAACUUCAACCGAUAAAAACACGUCUCGAGGCACCAGCGUUCUGCUCUGUUCUUGUUUUGUUGUUUUGCGCAAGGACAUUUUCGGUGUGAACGCCCCUAAGACGUUCAUUCAGGGAGGCGCUUGAUUGCAGCUCCACUCCACACACCCGCCUGCCUAACGCGACGCCCAGGAAGAGAAACGGCACUCAUCUAUCUCCAUAAAUUUUGAAAAUGACGGUUCAGUCGGUAUUUUAACGCUAUUUACAAGCAUAUGUUCUGGAGUGAGAGAAAGAAUGCUGGAUGGUCGGACUGAUGAAGUUCCGUUUGGAUUUUUGCCGGUUUCUGGGGCUCAGCGGCUCCAAUGAUGAGAUGCCAGAGGAGAUGGACACAGGUGCCAUUCCUGAGCAGAAUGAAGACACACUCUCACAGGAUGUGUUAAUCGGUGAGGAGGGUCUCAGCGAGGAGGAGAAGGCCAGACGGAAAGCUGAGAGGCGAAAAGCCAA